AUGGCCGCGGCAGGUAUGGUUCUCGCCAACAGUCGUCGUCAUCAGCAAAGGUUGCGACGAAAUCGUCUUCCUCCUGAAGAGGUCCAUGUCGAGUUCCAGGUGCCCGUAUACCCAUCCGAUGAACAGAGCAUCGCCAAAACAUGUCAAGAAACACCUCUACAAUCAGCCUGGGCGUGGUUCGCUCUACUUUUUGGUAGAAUGAGAAAAGACGCAUUAUACCAAGGACCAGGCCUCGAUCAAAUCAUGCCUACCGAGUUGCUCCUCGCCAUCUCCGCUUAUCUCACCAUGGUCGACCGCGCAGUCCUAUCUCUGACGAGCAUGAGAAUGUGGGCCAUUUUCGGAGAGAACAACUUUCUACUGAGUCUACCGUCUCAAAAGAAACUCGAGCUGCUGACGUUGCUGGUGAGAGACGCCGAUGAGCACAAAAACGGCAACGUCCUCUGCAGGCCCUGUCAGAUCUUCCACGACCCUUACUUGUCGAUACCCACCGCCUCUCACAGCAGCACCGGCGCCAAGGGCAGCGGCUAUAAUCGUCCCUGUCUUCAGGAACCCGCAAACCCGCAUCAGAGACUAGUUUCACCCUAUCUCCACCGCACCCUUCACUUCAACGUCCUCAAGCACUUCCAGGCUGAUAAGCGUUCUAAAGUGAAUCUGUAUGGCCCUGAUCAACUUUAUCUAGUCGAUUCCGUUGCAUAUUGCCACGAGAGCAUUAAGGCAGCGGUUGAACAAAUCAUGACGUGCCGUAUCUCGACAGAAGGCGAAUUGCUCGUAAAGACCGUCACAGACCUUUCCGCGACCAGAAAUGACGUCCCUUACCUUUAUCAAGUACUAGAACGGAACAACCUCAUCAAAUGUUGCGGGCAUAUGUACUGGGCAGCGAGGUAUCCUUUCAUAUUUCAGCAUAAUAUGCAGUAUUAUACCGACCCUGUCGACCUUGCGAGAUACAGACGAGAAUGGGAAUCUGAUGAUCUGAGAAGGAUACGAAAUAUCUGGCAUCCGGAUGAGGAGCCCCAGCAUUCAAUGGACAAUAGGCGUAUGCGUGCCUGUGCCUUUUGUUACACCAACUAUACGUAUGAAUGGAGAGAUGUGGAUGGGAACCGAAUCGUUCGACUCAUCUCAUAUAAAAACCUCGGAAAGGGAGAGGAUAUGAACGAUGUGAAGUGGGCAUCGCAUUUUAAAUACAGGGCCUGUUCAAGGGAGGACAUCAUUCGAUUGCACUGGUGGGAAGGGUUCGGCUCAACACAUACUUGGGUGGGACCUGGCGAGAGCGAGAUAAAGGCAUAG